UGGUUUUUUAGGAUUGGGCAGUAGGAAUGAGAACGUUUUAUCGGAAACAUGUUAAUGUUCUCAACCGGAUUUGUGUAGCCUCAUCGAGGAAUUGAACGUGCCUUUUUGGUUAAGAAUACCAAGAUGGCUCGCGGUCCUAAGAAACAUUUAAAGCGUCUCAAUGCACCUAAAGCAUGGAUGUUGGACAAAUUGGGAGGUGUUUAUGCACCUCGUCCGUCCACUGGACCACACAAGCUUAGAGAAUCGCUUCCUUUGGUUAUAUUUUUACGUAAUAGAUUGAAGUAUGCUUUGACCAACUGCGAAGUUACUAAGAUCGUGAUGCAACGACUUAUCAAAGUUGAUGGCAAAGUACGCACAGAUCCUAAUUAUCCUGCUGGUUUUAUGGAUGUUAUAACCAUCGAAAAGACUGGUGAAUUUUUCCGUUUAAUUUAUGAUGUAAAAGGCCGCUUCACUAUUCAUCGUAUCACUGCGGAAGAAGCCAAGUACAAAUUAUGCAAAGUUAAGCGAGUCCAAACCGGUCCCAAGGGAAUUCCAUUCCUWGUUACCCACGAUGGAAGAACUAUUCGUUAUCCUGAUCCACUUAUCAAAGUUAACGACACUAUUCAAUUGGACAUUGCCAGUGGCAAAAUUUUAGAUUCUAUUCGUUUCGAUUCGGGUAAUUUGUGUAUGAUCACUGGGGGAAGGAAUUURGGUCGUGUGGGAACGGUCGUUAGUCGCGAACGGCAUCCUGGAUCUUUUGAUAUUUGYCAUAUGAAAGAYUCUCAAGGGCACGUUUUUACCACUAGGUUGAACAACGUAUUUAUCAUUGGCAAAGGUCUGAAGGCAUAUAUCAGUUUACCGAGAGAUAAAGGUGUCAAGCUUUCCAUUGCGGAAGAACGUGACAAGAGAUUAGCAGCAAAGGGAGUAAAUUAAUAUAUAUUUUUAAUAAAAUACUGGAUGAACUGAUAUUUGUAACAAUGGUAACUUUUCCCUCCAAAA